GAUAUCCACAGGUCAUCAGAUGUGAACAGUGCUGUAAAAUGCAUUUGUUGUUGUUUUAUAAUCGUUCAGCUUAGUUUUAUAAAAUAGAUUUAUUUUUAAUAAAAAUGAUGCGAAAAUUUCAUUGCAUACUGCGAUUCAACAGCACAAUUACUCAAAGCAGUUAUAGGCAGCAGGCGUCAACGCUUUUCUGCAGAAACUACGUCACGGAUGAAGCGAACGAAAAUCAUAAAAAUAAAAACUCCAAUUCAAAACGUGCAGGUGCUGCCGGCUCGUCCAAGAACCUGCCCAGCAUACGAAAUCCAUUCGCAGCGGCUCAUGAAAAGACCAAAAACUCCUAUUUAACAAUGGUGCAAAUAUUCGAGGAACGCGAUGUUCACCGGCGGAACCAUGUGGAGUUUAUUUAUGCCGCAUUGAAACAUAUGCCUGACUUCGGUGUUGAACACGAUCUGGAAGUCUACAAGGCGUUGAUAAAUGUUAUGCCCAAGGGAAAAUUCAUACCAACCAAUCUAUUUCAGGCUGAGUUCAUGCACUAUCCGAAACAGCAGCAAUGUAUUAUUGAUUUGCUCGAGCAAAUGGAGGAUUACGGCGUUAUGCCAGACUACGAAAUGGAGGCUAUGCUAUUAAAUGUGUUCGGCAAUAAGGGACAUCCGUUACGCAAGUACUGGCGCAUGAUGUACUGGAUGCCCAAAUUUAAAAAUCUGUCACCAUGGCCGCUACCUGAUCCUGUGCCCGAUGAUACUUUAGAAAUUGCCAAGCUGGCUCUAGAGCGCAUGUGCACGGUAGAUUUACGAUCAAAAAUUGAUGUUUUUCAGACAAAUGAAAUCAAAGACUCGCUGGAUGACACAUGGAUUGUGAGUGGCAUGAGCCCAGAGCAGUCGAAGCUGUUACGUGAGCAUUCCCGACAGAAAGCGCUCUUUAUUGAGGGCCCUUUUAACAUAUGGAUACGAAAUCGACGAAUAAAUUAUUUUACACUACGAGCCGAUGCUGACACAGAGUUUCUGGCGCAGUUGGACGAACGGCAGGUGGAUGAAGACGACGUGACACAGAUUGGUGUGCCGUUUUUUGGACGUGCGCCACCACGUCGGCACAACCAGUUGGGCAAACUGCGAUCAGUACACCAGCAAGAUGAUGGAACUAUAUUCGCAAUCUGCGCCACGGGCACCUCCACAAAGGACUCGCUGCUCUCAUGGAUUCGGCUACUAGAGGCACAUGGCAAUACAACACUGGGUGAAAUACCCGUACUCUUUAGAUUUACAUCUACAGUACCCGCCAAGGCCGAGGAAAUCGAGGGCCCUUCCAACCUACCAGCGCACUACAGUGAUACUAGUAGCAAUAAGGAGCAUCCGGGCAGUAGAUCGUAGUGAGUUUAUUAAAAUAAAUUAAAAUUGUUGAGAAAUUGUUUUGUGGAGUAUAUUAUUAUCUAUGUUUUAUUAAGUUGCAAGGGUGAAAUUAAAAUUCGUACAUGGUUUUCAA